GUGAUGAAAAGCAACCAAGAUUACUCUAUCCAGCAAAGCUACCAUUCAGAAUCAAAUGAUAGAUAAAGAGCUUCCCAGAAAAGAAAAUGCUGAAGGAGUAUUACAAGGAAUGUUAAAAGGUCUUCUUUAUAAAGAAGAAGAGAUUGGUGUGGUAGGCCUCCUGAUCUGGCCACACCCGCACACCAGCACUGCCCAGGGUCCUUCUGUUGAUAUAAUUGGCCAGGGGAGAGUGGUCCUCCUUUCCUCUCUGGUUGCUUGAAGAUCAACUUCUAUCAUAAAUAACACAGUAACUAUCUGAACCAGGAAGUUCAUGACCAACAGACUACUUCAGCAGAAACAAAUCAUCAUUGACGUCCUUCACCCAGGGAAGGCAACAGUACCCAAGACAGAAAUUCGGGAAAAACUAGCCAAAAUGUAUAAGACCACACCAGAUGUCAUCUUUGUGUUUGGAUUCAGAACCCAUUUUGGUGAUGGCAAGACAACUGACUUUGGCAUGAUUUAUGAUUCCCUGGAUUAUGCAAAGAAAAAUGAAGCCAAACAUGGACUUGCAAGACAUGGCCUAUAUGAGAAGAAGAAGACCUCAAGAAAACAAAGGGACACAAGAAUAGAAUGAAGAAAACCAGGGGGACUGCAAAGGUCAAUGUUGGUCCAUAAAAUUUGUCAACGUGUCGCUCUCUCUGGACAUUUCCAGGGUCGUCUUCUUGUCAGUGUGAUGCAGAAGAACACACAUUGAGAAUUUAGACUCAGCAUGUAUGAUGCCGCUCCUCUUUCUCUCUGUCCUCAAGCAAUCAGCAUCAUUAAAAAGAAGAGAGCUGGCAUGGCUCAGUGGUUGAGCAUCGACCUAUGAUCCAGGAGGUCACAGUUCGAUUCCCAGUC